AGGCGAGGCCCGGCGCUGCUGAUAUCCAUUUCAACAAAGGAUAAGGAGGAGGAAAAAAGUUCUGUAAACGAGGGAGCACAUGGUUUGGGAUUUUAAGUUGGUGUCAUGGAUGAGUCUGUGCUGUCCCUUGGUACGAUAGAUGUUUCUUACCUGUCAAAUUCUUCAGAAUACAGUGUCAAUAGAUGCAAACACUCAGGUGAAGAAUGGGGAGAUUGUGGUUUCAGACCCACUGUCUUCCGAUCAGCAACUUUAAAGUGGAAAGAAACUUUAAUGAACAGGAAGAGGCCAUUUGUGGGACGAUGUUGCUACGUGUGUACGCCCCAGAGCUGGGACAAGUUUUUCAACCCAAGUAUCCCUUCCUUAGGACUGAGGAAUGUUAUCUAUAUCAAUGAAACUCAUACAAGACAUAGAGGAUGGCUUGCAAGACGCCUUUCAUAUGUACUUUUUGUUCAAGAGCGAGAUGUUCAUAAAGGCAUGUUUGCCACCAAUGUGACUGAAAAUGUAUUGAACAGUAAGAGAGUCCAGGAGGCGAUUGAAGAAGUGGCUUCUGAAUUGAAUUCUGGAGAUGGUUCUGCUCAGCAGCAAUCAAAAUCUAUCAGCAAAGUGAAAAAGAGAGCUAAGCGGAUCCUUCAAGAGAUGGUUGCUAGUGUCUCACCAGCAAUGAUCAGGCUGACUGGAUGGGUGCUACUAAAACUUUUCAACAGCUUCUUUUGGAGUGUUCAAAUUCACAAAGGUCAACUUGAGAUGGUCAAAGCAGCCACUGAAAUGAAUUUGCCUCUUAUAUUCCUACCAGUUCAUAAAUCCCAUAUUGAUUAUCUACUGCUCACAUUCAUUCUUUUCUGUCAUAACAUCAAAGCACCAUACAUUGCUGCUGGCAAUAACCUGAACAUACCUAUCUUCAGUACGCUGAUCCAUAAACUUGGAGGCUUUUUCAUACGACGAAGGCUAGAUGAAACAUCAGAUGGACGAAAAGAUACUCUCUACAGAGCUUUACUCCAUGGACACAUAGUAGAACUGCUUCGACAGCAACAGUUUUUGGAGAUCUUUUUGGAAGGAACACGUUCUCGGAGUGGAAGAACCUCCCAUGCUAGGGCAGGCCUCUUGUCUGUGGUAGUGGAUACUCUUUCUACCAAUACCAUUCCUGACAUUUUGAUAAUCCCUGUUGGAAUCUCCUAUGAGCGGAUUAUUGAAGGUCACUACAAUGGUGAACAACUGGGUAAACCCAAGAAGAAUGAAAGUUUGUGGAGUGUGGCAAGGGGAGUCUGUCGUAUGUUGCGUAAAAACUUUGGCUGUGUUAGAGUGGACUUUGCACAGCCAUUCUCCUUAAAGGAAUACUUAGAGAGUCAAAGUCAGAAACCUAUGCCUGCCCCGCUUUCCUUGGAGCAAGCUUUGUUACCAGCUAUACUUCCUUCAAGACCUAAUGAUGAUGCUGCUGAUGAAGGUAGAGAGGCUACAGUUAAUGAAUCCAGAAAUGUAAAUGAUGAGCCAUCCAGGAGGAAGUUAAUAGCAAAUCUUGCUGAGCACAUCAUGUUUACUGCUAACAAGUCAUGUGCUGUUAUGUCAACACACAUAGUGGCCUGUUUACUACUCUAUAGACACCGGCAGGGAAUUGAUCUUUCUACGUUGGUAGAAGACUUUUUCAUUAUGAAGGAGGAAGUGCUGGCUCGGGAUUUUGACCUGGGAUUCUCAGGAAAUUCAGAAGAUGUCGUCAUGCAUGCAAUACAGCUUCUGGGAAACUGUGUAACCAUCACCAAGACCAGCCGAAAUGAUGAAUUCUUCAUUACUCCAAGCACAACUAUUCCUUCUGUUUUUGAACUUAAUUUCUACAGCAAUGGGGUGCUACACGUCUUCAUCAUGGAGGCCAUUGUGGCGUGCAGCCUUUAUACCAUCCUGAAUAAAAGGUGCUCUGGGGGUACUGGAGGUGUAUCACCCAGCAUGAUUAGCCAGGAACAGCUUGUCCGUAAGGCUGCUGGCUUAUGUUAUCUGCUUUCUAAUGAAGGCACCAUAUCACUACCUUGUCAGACAUUUUACCAAAUUUGUCAUGAAGCAGUGGGAAGGUUUAUACAGUAUGGAAUUCUUGUAGUAGCAGAGCAAGAUGAUCAAGAAGACAUUAGCCCUGGUCUCACAGAACAGCCCUGGGACAAGAAACUUCCUGAGCCUUUGUCUUGGAGAAGUGAUGAAGAAGAUGAGGAUAGUGAUUUUGGUGAAGAGCAGAGAGAUUGCUACCUAAAGGUGAGCCAGUCCAAAGAACACCAGCAAUUCCUUACUUUCUUGCAAAGCCUCCUCGGGCCUUUGUUAGAGGCCUAUAGCUCAGCUGCCAUCUUCAUUCAUAACUUCAGCGGCCCUGUCUCGGAACCAGAGUAUCUGCAGAAGUUACACAAAUACUUAAUAACUAGAACGGAAAGAAAUGUUGCUGUUUAUGCUGAGAGUGCUACGUAUUGUCUUGUGAAGAAUGCGGUGAAAAUCUUCAAGGAUAUUGGGGUUUUCAAGGAGACAAAAGAAAAGAGAAUAUCAAUUUUGGAACUAAGCAACACUUUUCUACCUCAGUGUAACCGGCAGAAACUACUAGAAUAUAUUUUAAGCUUUGUUGUAUUGUAGAAGAAUGGUAGCACCUUUGCCUAAAGAGAAAAAUACAGGGGGUGGGGGGUGGUGAGGCCAGCACAGUCUCCAGGACUGGCCCAACAGUUUGAGGUGCCAUUAUGUGGUAGGACCUUAUCUGACUGGAUCCACUGGAAGACAAGUGCCUUCUUCCCUCCAUGGAUUUGUGAUAAUCCUGAUUCUGUGGUAAUAUAAUAACCUACAGUUAACACUUGGAUGUAGCCUCAGUUUGCAAAUCAAAAUAAGUAGACUUAAAAAUGAAGUCUCAGUAAAAUAUUUUGGAUUUUAUUGAAUAGCUACAUUUUAAAUAACUACUUUUAAAGUCUAAUUACUGUGACUUUUGCAAAAAUGUAGUGAUAAGCAAAACCCCCAAGUGUAUUUAGCAAACUUAGUGCUUUCAGCAAAUCCACUAGGAUUUUAAUGCUUUUAAAAAUAAGUUAAAAUCAUCCAAUUCACUGACUUUUUUACUAUCUUUAAAAAAAAUAGAGUAAUAUAAUUUUUCAUAUAUGCACCUUUUAUUUGAAAGCUCUUUAACAAUUGAAGGGACUAAUGCAAAUUGUAGCCUGGGAUCAAUGUUGUUUUCUUUGGGGUCUGAUAUAGAAGGUGUUUUAGAGCUGCAUGAAAUGAAAUAAUAGCUUAGGUCAAGAAAUUAAAAUCAUGAUAAAUAACAUAGCAGGGAAUAAACCAAGUAGGCAGAGUUCAAAAGGACCUGGUCGAGUAUCUUUCACUUUUGCAAAAAGUGCCACUGAGUUUUUAUUGACCAUAGUAUACAACUAAUCAUUCAGCUAGUGUUCAGGACCUCCUGUUUUAUAUUCUUCAUGAGGUAUGCACCUUUCACAGCAAUGUGUCUCUUUACUUCUUUCUGAAGUAUGAAGGAAAUUGCCACCUUCUGGAUUGUCCAGAAUGGACUUAUUUCAGUAGCAUCUGAGUGCUUCUUGGGAGGCUCCCACCCAACCAUGGAUAACUUAGCUUGGCUUCUCCUCAGUUGAUGAAAUCUGAGCCUACAGUGCUAUGGCUGGAGGGCUGCUGCCGUAUGGUGGACACAUUUGACUUUGUGAAAAACCCAUGGUUCUUCAAAAUUACAGGGAAAUUACAUGCCAAAAUGUAUCAUGUUAAAUGUUAUUGAGACCACACAGUGGCAAAUAAUUAUGAAAGGUUGUCUAUUUGUAAUAGGCAUGUGCCAUUUUGUUAGUAGACAGCAUAAUUGUAUGUUAAUUGCACUAAUGGUGAUGUUCCCUUAAGGAUAAUGUGACAUUAAAAUGUUUUGUAAUGGCUUGCUA